AGGGCGGGAAUGCAAGAUGGCGGAGUAGCACCGCGAGGCUGCUAGUAUAAAGUGUCUGUGCAGACUUCACUUCUGGUCUCAGCAGCAUCCGUGGCCUCUGAGGGAAGAACGCCUAGGAUACCUGUCCAAGAUGCCGAAUAUAAAAAUCUUCAGCGGUAGCUCCCACCAAGACUUAUCUCAGAAAAUUGCUGACCGCCUGGGCCUGGAGCUAGGCAAGGUGGUGACUAAGAAAUUCAGCAAUCAGGAGACAUGUGUGGAAAUUGGUGAAAGUGUACGUGGAGAAGAUGUCUACAUUGUUCAGAGUGGUUGUGGUGAAAUUAAUGACAAUCUAAUGGAGCUUUUGAUCAUGAUUAAUGCCUGUAAGAUUGCUUCAGCCAGCCGAGUUACUGCAGUCAUCCCAUGCUUUCCAUAUGCUCGGCAGGAUAAGAAGGAUAAGAGCCGGGCUCCAAUCUCAGCCAAGCUGGUUGCAAAUAUGCUGUCUGUAGCUGGUGCAGAUCACAUCAUCACCAUGGAUCUACAUGCUUCUCAGAUUCAGGGCUUUUUUGAUAUCCCAGUGGACAAUUUGUAUGCAGAGCCUGCUGUCCUGAAGUGGAUUAGAGAGAACAUCUCUGAAUGGAGGAACUGCACUAUUGUUUCACCUGAUGCGGGCGGAGCCAAGAGAGUGACCUCCAUUGCAGACCGGUUGAAUGUGGACUUUGCCUUGAUUCACAAAGAGCGGAAGAAGGCCAAUGAAGUAGACCGCAUGGUACUAGUAGGAGAUGUGAAGGAUCGAGUGGCUAUCCUUGUUGAUGACAUGGCUGACACCUGUGGCACAAUCUGCCAUGCAGCUGACAAACUUCUCUCAGCUGGAGCCACCAGAGUUUAUGCAAUCUUGACUCAUGGAAUCUUUUCUGGCCCAGCCAUUUCUCGCAUCAACAAUGCCUGCUUUGAAGCAGUUGUAGUCACCAACACUAUACCUCAGGAGGACAAGAUGAAGCAUUGCUCCAAAAUACAGGUGAUCGACAUCUCUAUGAUCCUUGCAGAAGCCAUCAGGAGAACUCACAAUGGAGAAUCUGUUUCUUACCUGUUCAGCCAUGUCCCUUUAUAAUAGAAUAACUUCUGAGGCUUUUUAAAACUGAAGUUAACCCCACCCCUUGUUCUCCCUUGGUUUCUCUUAGUAUUUGAAAAAUUUAGCAGAAGACCUAGCUUGCUCCAGUGUAGCUUUCUACAUCCCACAUGGUAUAUUAGAGUUAGUGGAUUCUAAUUUGGGGAAAGGCAAAUUGAGAUGAACUGCUGAGAUUUUUCUACCUGAAUUAUCUUAUCCUGGCUUCCUUGGUCAUAAUUUAUAACCCCUGCAGCAUUACCUAGCUGCUGUAACAUUUGCAGACUUUUGACCUUGUUCUGCAAAGUGGUUUAAAUGUGACUGACAAAGUUUGGACCCCUUUGCAUGUGAAUACUAUUGGUUUUUUUUCUUUGUUCCAAGUAACUAGCAACAAAGCCAGCCUAUGUGAGAUAGAUUCUCCAAGGCCUAAUACCUUAAAGCAGGUCUGAGCAACCUCAAACCUAGUCCUGGUAGUUGAGUCCCCUGUAAGACAGAAGCAAGCAGUUCAGCUUAAGCAUUUGUUAGGCAAGAUCUUGAAGUAAGGAUGGAGGGUAGCUCAGUCUAGUAAAUAUGUCUUGGGAGGAAGAAGCCUGAUCCAUCAUCAUCAUCUGCUUGACUGUGUAUAGCUUGGAUACUCCUUUGUACCUAUUCCUUUCUAUUUGGAUUUACAUUCAGCUAUCUUGACCUUUUCCUGGCCAAAUAUCAUCUUGGGCCCAACUAGUCAUUGUACUGUAGUCUUUUGCCAUACAAUCUUGCUUCCUGCUGUGUAAUUGUUAAUGUUCACACUAGAUAAUGUAGUUUAAUCUUUCAGCCUGCUACCACUGUGGUUGUAGGUUUUAGUUGAUAUCUUAUAUAGUGCCUUUUAACUAAUUUAAAUAUUUAAUUUUCAUUUGUUUUCCUUGGAUCCAUUUGGCCUCAAGUGAACUGAGAAUCUGUUAUUAAAAGACUGAUGUUAUUGUCUGUUGUAGAGAAAACUAAUAAAAGUGUUUGUGUGUGA